GGCAACGAGGCGGAGGGAAACGCGGGGCCAACGUGACCCCCAAGCGGCGGGACGGGCCGCGGUCGGGCCUGGGCGGCCGUCAACGGCGGGGCCUGGGCCGAGGGUGCGCAAUGACUGGCUUCAGGCUGCCCGUUACCGUGUUUAGAAAACUGAAUGUCUGGGUUGGACUGUGGGAGAAAUUCCCCUCUAAUAAACCCUUUCUCUCUUGGAGAAGAAGCAUAUUCUGUAGCUGUCAAGCAAGUACAGUAAACGACCGAAGAUGGUUUAGCUUUUCCCCAGUAAAACUCUGUGCACUAAGACUUUCUCCAGAGUAUAUCUCAGUACUCUCUCUGCGGAACAAAAGUAGCAAAAGCUCUAAGAGGAGCAGACGAACUUUACAGGAGGAGGAGGAGGAAGAAGAGGAGGCAGAUGAACAAGAAAGCGAUUUGGAAGAUGAAUUGGAAAACGACCUCAACGUAGUAAAAGAUUACAAAGAUCUUGAAAAAGUGGUGCAGUCUCUGCGAUACGACGUGGUCAUGAAAGCUGGCUUAGACAUUGCAAGAAAUAAAGUAGAAGAUGCAUUCUACAAUAACGAACUCAGGCUGAAUGGAGAAAAACUGUGGAAGAAAAGUAGAACUGUGAAAAUUGGUGACACGCUGGAUCUCUUAAUAGGUGAAGAUAAAGAAACAGGAACUGCUGUAGUGAUGCGGGUAGUCUUAAAAAAAGUAUCUGACAAGACUGAGAGUGAAAAAUACAGAGUAAUUUUAAGGCGCUGGAAAAACCUGAAGGUGCCCAAACAGGACGUACUGAAGUAGCAGGGGGUUGCACGUGGCAGCAUGAGAUUUUUAUUUUGCAGAAAACCGUGUUGUUUGUUGUUAAAUAAGAAUUUUGGUUAAACAAAAUGACAGUACCCUUUUUAAGGGCUCGUGUUAGAAAUAUCUCCCUCUGCUGUGUACAUCAAUGCUCCUGUGGUAAACGGCUGUCACUUCUUGCAGUUAGUUUUGUUUCAUGAUACUGUGGGAUAAAAUACUCUACCCUCGUAUCUCCAGGCAGUUUCCUUACAGAUGUUAUAUAUAAUGACUCAAUAAAGACGAAUUUGAUCACUGUUUAA